UGUGAAUCAGAUGUUUAUGUUUGCAAAGUUUGAUAAGAAUUUGUGAUUCAUUUAAUUGAACUACAAUUUAGUGAACAUAACUCAUGUGACCCUAUAUUUGGACACUAUGUCUGGUGUGAACGCAUUGCCACCCAUUGCCACACAUUCAAUUUGAUAAAAGAGUUUCAUUAGUCUCUUAUCACACGAAAUGAUUCCUCAAUUCUGUGGCUGUUAUUGAAGGACAUGUAUAUCGUCUCCAAUAGAUUUCAUUCAUUAUAUAAAUUGCAUAAACUCUGCAAAACUCACAGCAUUUCUAACUUCACUUCAAUUAUGAGUUCCUGUGUUUCUCUUGAUUUUCUGAAUGUGAAACAAGACUUCAAGUCAUGGACUCGACAGCACUCGCACUCUGUCUCUGAAGGAGUUGCCACUCAUUCACACAAUGAAAACGAAUGUUAUGAUUUUAGUUAUAAGGAAGCGAUUAAAGCGUUGAAUGGAUUGCAAACAAAUGCUGAGAACAUUGCGAACGCUAUUAAGAGAGAGAAAGGAAGCAAUUCAUGCCAUUCGUUGGAUAAAACCGUUUAUUUUCUAUCGCUUUUAGACAUUAAGCCUUCAGAUCUCAAUAAAUUGAAUGUAAUUCAUGUGUCGGGAACUAAGGGGAAGGGAUCGACCUGUGCUUUCGCUGAAAGUAUUUUGCGCCGAUUUGGGUAUAAGACGGGAUUCUGUUCAUCACCUCAUUUGGUGGUCGUUAGGGACAGGAUCCGCAUAAAUGGCGAACCGCUCACCAAAAAACAGUUCGCUCACUAUUUUUGGUCCGUUUAUAAGGCCAUAGAAAAACGUAAGGACCCAUCGGUAGGAAUGCCCCCGUAUUUCAAUUUCCUUACUGUUAUGGCGUUUGAGGUGUUCCUCAAAGAGAAAGUCGACGCAACUGUCCUCGAAGUGGGCAUUGGAGGCCAAUAUGACUGCACUAAUGUGGUGCCCAAACCUAUAGUGACCGGGGUCAGCUCAUUGGGUCUGGAUCACUGUGCACUUCUCGGCAAUACUAUUGAACAGAUUGCGUGGCAAAAGGCCGGCAUUUUUAAGCCAUCGGUUCCAGCCUUUACUGUCGAACAGUGCGAACCAGCGAUGAAAGUGUUGAAGAGUAGGGCUCAGGAACUGAUGUCUUCGUCAUUUCAUGUCUGCCCUCUACUAUCACUUUAUCCCCAUUCGGUUCCCAUUGAACUCGGAAUCAAAGGAGACGUUCAGAAAGUGAAUGCAUCGCUUGCCCUGCAAUUGACGAACUUAUGGCUCAACAAAAUGAAUAAUAAUAAUAAAUGUCAGAUCUCUUCGCUCAUCACAAAAGACGGCACUUUUUCAGACGUAUUCCCUCUCAAUAUAAACCAUAUAAACGGACUCUCGAAGACCUGUUGGCCGGGAAGGUGUCAAAUAUUGCGCAAAAACAACUUAAUAUACUUCUUAGACGGCGCCCACACUUACGAAUCGUUGUCCAACUGCUCGAAAUGGUUUUGCUCGGAAUCGCCAAAACUGUUGACUUCCAACCGAUUGGUUCGGGUUUUGCUAUUCAACUGUACGGGCAAUCGGCCGACUGAGGCACUCAUGCGAGCCCUGGACGUGAAGUUUGAUAUCGCGAUCUUCUGUCCCAAUAGAGUGGACAACAAAAAGUCCGACACUUCUGAUAACACAAACUUUAUGGUCACCGCACAAAAGGAAGCAGACAUUUGUGCUAAUAAUGCCAAAAUUUGGUCCAAACUCAAUGAUAAGGCUAUUAUAACUAAACAGUCGUGUAUUUCUGAUGCUAUCAAAUACAUUAACGACAAAACUCAGAAAGAAAAGGCACUUCCCGUCCACGUAUUGGUCACCGGAAGUGUUCAUCUCGUAGGAAGUGUUCUCUCACUGAUAGACCCGGAUAUGAAUUCAUUGUGCAAUUGAUUUGCAUGAAUGUGCAUAUAUUGCGGCAAACAUUGCUGUUUGCAAAUGUUAGCAAAUUUUGCUCAAUAAUGAUAUUUUUUAUGAAUUAUAUUUUAUAUCUUCAAAUUGGGGCCAAAUAUGAAAUAUUUUCUAUUUUGUUAAGAUUUUAUAGAAUAUAUUUUCAAUAAAUGAUUUUUAU